AUGGGAAGGACGACGCUAGCACCCCGUUUUGUGUCCCAGCGGGCAAAGAGCUCCCUGGCUAUCCCAGGUCAGUGGGGCAGGAGGCCGAGCAUGGAGCGCGGCCGGGGCGCGGGCUGGAUCGGGUUUCCGGAAGGACGUGCUAGGGCCGGUGCGGGUGGGUGUUGCCUGGCCCCGCUCCCCGCUCCACCUCCGGCCUGGCUUCCGCCCGCCGGUCGCGGUCCCCGGGCGAGGGAGGCCGCUAGACUCGGCCUGGAGCGCCCCCUGACGGCCAAUCGGAGUGGGCGCGCCUGCCCGUGGGAGAGCCAGAGGGAGAGCAAGCAGCUAGCACCGGCCAAGCGCGCCGGACGCCCCGGGGUCUGCGCGCAGGUGGACCCCUUCCCGCCGCUGGCGCGCUGCGCCAGUACACGACGGCGGUCCAGAGCCCAGACGCCAAGGCGGCGGCAGCGCAGACCAAAGGAGCCCGUGGCAGUUCCUGCCGAGACAGCGCCCAGCGACUGGAAACGAACCAGCAUUCACUCUGGGGACACCAUGUUACAAAACCUACAUGUCAAGGAACUGAAGUCUCCUGCCAACAGUUACGUGAGUGGCGGAGGAUCUGGUCAGAUAAGACUGCAGCCCCAGCCAACAGUUUCACUGCAACCUGACGAGACAUCCUGAGCUAGCAUCCCCCAGCCAAGCUGGUCCUAGUUUCCUGACCCUCAGACAGGAUGUAAGAUGUAUAAGUGCUAUUUCAAGCUGCUGAACUUUGGGGUAAUGUGUCAUGCAGCGAAGCAUAACUAAUACAAUCUCAAAUAAUUCAUCUAUUUCUACAAUUUCAAGCCAAACCUGAAAUUUAACUGGUAUGUGGGCAAGACACUUUGAUAAAGUGUUUCCCAAGUUAGCCAAAUGAAUGAACAGAUGAGAACAGUCUAGAAAAUACAGUGGAAUGUUGAACUCUAUACUGCCAGUAUUCAGACUUCUAAAACAAACAUUUCAGUUCUGACACACUCACAAAAAACCAGAUAGAUUGAAAUAAGAAAGCCCAGUUGCCAUUGUUUAAUCACUAAGCUGUGUCUGACUCUUUUGCAACCCCAUGAACUGCAGCCCUCCAGGUUCUUCUGUCCAUGGGGUUUUCCAGGCAGGAAUACCAGACUGGGUUGCCAUUUCCUUCUCCAGGGGAUCCUCCCAACCCAGGGAUCAAACCACUGUCUCCUGCAUUGCAGGUGGAUUCUUUACCACUGAGCCACCAGGGAAACCUGAGAAAGCCCAUACUCAGAUCCAAAUACGUAUGUAAUUAUUUAGAAUGUGAUCUAAUUGACACUAAAUAACGGGGUGAGGGAGAGGAUGUAUAUUUAUUCAAUAAUCAGAGCUGGGAUAAUUAGCUAGAUCCUUGCCUGUUACCUGUGAUUGUACCAGGAUCGCCCUCAGUGGUCAUGACCUUAGGGGUUCUGUGACAUACAAAAGAAUAACUACUGCAUCAUUAGUCAUAAUCGUGGGAAAUUUCAAAAUAACAGAUGGAUUCAAUAAAAGGGGCUUAGAUUAAUAAAUCAUGGUGAGUCUAUAGAAUGAAAUACUAUACAGAUAUUAGAACUGACAUUGAGCAUAUCUGUUGGCAUAAAUGUAAUCGUGAUAUAUUACUAGUGGGGAAAAGCAUGUGUAGGAUGCUCCCAGUCUAAUGUAUCAGGAAAAAGAGUAUUUUAACCCCCAGUGCCUUCUAAAGAGAAUAAACAGGUCCUAAUAAAAGGAAAGGCCCAGGGUCUUCCCUAAUGCUCCAGUUGUUAAAAAUUCAUCUGCCCAUGCAGGGGACAUGGGUUUGAUCCCUGGUCCAGAAACUAGGAUCCCACAUGCCGCAGGGCAGCUAAGCACAUGAGCCACAACUGCUGAAGCGGACGUGCCUAGAGCCUGUGCUCUGCAACAAGAGAAGGCACCGCAGUGAGAAACCCGAGCACCACACCUAGAGAGCAGCUUCUGCUCUCCACAACUAGAGGAAGCGCGCGCACAGCAACUCAAAUCCAGCACACACAAAAAUAAAUAAGUAAAUCCAAAAAAAAAAAAGGAACAGCCCAUGAACUUCUGGAAACCAUGCUAGGUUUAGAUAUGCACAUUUGGGAGGCCAAGCUGUGGUGAGCUGAGUUGCUCCAGGACUGAAAACCAGGAUCUCUGAGCCCAGAGGAGGCAGGGGAAGAAGCAAAGGGGUGGCCACACACCUGAGACGGUGGACCACUCUGCCCCAGAUCUUCAUCAGAAUGGUUUAACUCACAAAAUGCUUGCUGUGAGAUUUAUUUAAAAGAGGGGAAAAAAGUGAACUUUAAUUCUGCCAGGACAGAGGAGGGACAAAAAGGAACCAUUAAGGGACAUAGUAGUGGGAAGCCUGUGGGCCCGAGUGCCAGGUAUUAGCAGAGUUCAUGAGGAGGGCUUGGGGCUUUCCCCACCAUGGAAUUGCUGGGGUCAGAGUACAGGGUGGAGUAUAGGUUGAGGACACCAAUGCUGAUGUUAAAUAAAAAGCACAGACACACACAUUUGUGAUUCUAGCUUCAGAGCCUGUUCCUUAAUAUGGGACUGAGUUCCUCACUAACUUGGUGAAUCAACAUACUAGGUGGGGGUGGUGGGUGUUGGGAGCUAAUUCUAUGUCCCCAGACUCCUUCUGGUUUACAGGAAAAGUCCUGAGUUCUCCACAGGUGUGUUUCCUGAGCCUGGGACCGAUAUGCAAAACAAGGAGAAAUCAGCUGAUUUUCUACUACAGUUUGAACUUGUGGCUGCAGCACUCGGGGAGUCUGGGAACGGGCCAGCGUUCCAAGAGGCGGAGACACUGAUGGAGAGAAAACACGGGGCAGUGUGAAGUCUGGUCCUGUCCCCAUGCCCCAUGCCUCUCUGAGAGUACCCCACCCUCCUCCCUGUUAUCACAGUCCCCUUCUGCUUCACCUCCUCUCCGUUAAGGUCAUUACGACCAGUGUGUUACUUGGCUAGCCCUGCAUUUGUCUUGCCAAGGAUGCCGCAGGGGUGGACUGGACAUGACACUAAGGACCUCGGCCAGACCCUCUCUAAGGGCCGUUUCUGAUGGCCCAUUUCCCACUGGAGGUCCCUCCUGGGCUCCGCUCUCUCUUUGACGGCAGCCAUCCCCCCUCCUUGCUGCCCAGCCCCCCUUUCAUCACCUCCCCCAGGAAGCCAGUGACACAGCAAAAAAAAAGGUGGUUUCCAGAGAUGGUCCUCGGCUCACCGGAUGCCGAGUCCUUUGGGCUGCACACCGCUCGUACAGCAGGGAGCUCUGGGUCCUCAGGUGGAGGGAGUAUUGAGCGGGCUGCCCCCUCUCCAUCACAGACAGACAACCUACGCUCAUCUGCACUCCCGCUCCCUAAACCUCUCCAGGAGCCCUGGUCCUGCUAAUUAGAAAACGCUUGACUCCAUCCAAAUCCCCCUGGAACCAGGCCACUCAGCACAAGUAUAACAGAUUGACUGUGUCAGCCCAGGACUGAUUCUUAUUAACUCAAAGGGCAGGAGGCGACUCUGAGACUGCAGAUGGCAAACAGGCUUGUGCUAUGGGCAGCCGCCCACACAGACCUCCCCAGGUCCCCUGGCACCUACUAAAGACCAUGCAUCAGCCAGGCCUGCCUGCUGCCUCUCUCAGCUGCAGAGUCACCUCCAAACCACAGGCCUGGCCCCACCAGGCCCCUAGGCCGUCCCGCCCAGUGGAGAGGAGCAGCAGUGCCCUCACCCUAUAAGCACCUGAGAACUCCAGGGAGCCCUGGGCUCCCAUCCAGGCCUGGAAGAGCGAGCCAAGAUCACUGCCAAUACUUCCUGCAUGCCCACCAUGAAGCCACGGGCACUGUGCUAAGGCCUUUCUUCUCCUAACUUCUUUAAUUUUCAGAAUAAGAUUAUGAGGCAGACAGUUUUAUUAUUCCAAGGCCAAUUUUGUUGUCAAAGUUGACAGCUGCUAAUGAUCCAGGACCUAAACCUAAGUCUUAGUGAGCCCUAACAGGUUCCUGCCCUUCCAUCCUCCACCUCCACCCUCUGGGUUCUUGUUCUGAGCCGAAUAGUCCUUCUGGGGCCAUGCAGUGGUGUCUCACCUCCCCAGUGGUCACCCCUGGUGGGUAUGGACAAGAGUACGUGUGCCUCCUGCUCCCCGCCACCAUCUGCCCACAAACCACAUCUGUCCCUGUGGGAUCCCACAUACCAUUCAGCUUGAAGAGGCACCCGCCACCUCAAGGCUGCUUUUCGGAGCAGUGAGAAGGCUGAGCAGAGGCUGUGAGCUAGGCAAACAACCCCCCACAGGCUGGGUCCUCAGUUCCCUACAAAGGGGGAUUCCAGCCCCAAUCCUCACUUCCCCAAGCUGUGGGACUUAGGGUAAAGUCGGCUGGUGUCCUUCAAUAUCUAGCCUCGCCUCUUCUUCCUGGGCAUACAGAGAGACUUUGAGCUGGCAGCUUGAUGUGGCUUCAGAUGAUGGAACAUGGGCAUGAGUGAUGUGCAAGCAUCCAGGCCUCUUUCCUAAGAUUCUCCCUCACUGGGUCCUCACCCUCUUCCCUGCUCCAGCCACCAGCUGACUAGACUGCUGCUGCUACUGCUAAGUCACUUCAGUCGUGUCUGACUCUGUGUGACCCCAUAGACAGCAGCCCACCAGGC